CUGACGGCGUGAGGCAGUGUUGCUCUGCACCGCUUGACUUGCUGUUGGAGGAAUGAAUAGCGAAAUUGAGGACCAGCUGCUUUAUGAUGCUCGGAACGGAAUUUUGGAGGAAGUCAAACAACUGUUGGAUCGGAGGAAAGUUGGGGAAAUGACUUUCAAUAUCAACUGCAAAGGCAGAAGCAAGUCUAACCUGGGUUGGACUCCCCUCCAUCUAGCUUGUUAUUUUGGUCAUAAACAUGUAGUGGAGGAACUCUUAAAGGCGGGUGUGGAUGUGAACGUAGCGAACGAUGUGGGAGACACUCCACUGCAUCGCGCAGCCUUCACAGGACGAAAGGAGCUGGUUAUGCUGCUCUUGCAGUGUGAUGCCGAUGCUGCAGUUAUAAACGGGGAUGGACAAACGGCACAGGCUGUCACACAGGAUGCAGAGAUUCGGUGCAUGCUUAAAGCUGCAGGAACAACGCAACAGCGAAAAUUAGAAGAACUCCUCUUAACUGCUGCAAGAGAGGGUGACACAGCAGAAAUCACAGCCUUGUUAAACAGGCCGAGCCCUGCAAGCGUCAACUGCACCGACAUGCUGGGAAAUACACCGUUACACUGCGCGGCUUAUCGAGGUCAAAAGCAGUGCGCUCUGAAGCUUCUGAAAUGUGGCGCUGACUGCAAUAUCAGGAACAAGAACAACCAAACCGCACUUGAUCUGGCUCAAGGAACAGAAAUGAAACAGAUACUUGAUGGGAAGCCCAAUAAGGGACCAUAUAAAGUGGUUCAACGAUUUGAAGGGCCUCUUUUCAAGCGUUCCCGAUUCUUCGGACUGAAUUUGCAUUGGGUGGUUUUAGAACGUGGGGUUCUGUCGUGGUUCCAGAACCAGUCUGACGCUCUGGCUGAUCUUCACCGCCAAGGUUGCAAGCAUUUAACGCAAGCAAUUUGUACGGUGAAAACGACUGACAGGAGCGUCUUUUCAGUCAAGUACUUCGACGACAGUAACCACAUCUUUAAAGUGCAUCCCAAAAAUGAACCAGAGCAGACGAGACAAAAAUGGUUGAAAGCCAUAGAAGAGCAUUCUGCUUACAGUACUCAUUACUGCUCCCAGGACCAGUUUACUGAUGACGAUGAUGAGGAUUUGGUGCCUGUUGGGAUUUUGCAGGACUCAUUUCAGACUGUACAAGCCUGCCAGCAGAAGCUGGAGAAGGAAGUUUCUGCCUUAUUGACCAUGGUGGAAGACUCUGAGGUUGCAAAAGCAAACAGUUCUGCAGAAGAUGUGCCUUCCUACCUUCCUGGAAAAGUAACAGAUUCAGAGUGUUUACUUAUCAGGAUACAAAACUACAUCCUGUGUGGGUUUACAGCAAUACAAGAUUCUGUACAAUCAAGACCCAUGGAUGAAAUCAUAACAGUGCGAAACCUGCGAUUGGAGCAGGAGCAAGAGAAAACUAAAAUACUUUCAGAAGCGCUACAGACACUGGCCUGUGAACAUCAUGAACUUGAACAGUCUUUAGUCAAAGGAUCCCCGCCCCAAAGUUUGCUUAGUGAUGAUGAAUUCUACGAUGCUCUUUCGGACUCUGACUCGGUGGACUCUUUGAGUGGAUUUGAGACUGUAACAAGCCAUUCAGCUGAGGACGAACCUGUCAACUGUAGCAAUAACGAAAGGUCAAAUAUGUCUGAGCAGGCAAACCAUGAUAGCAAGCAGCUACAAGCUAAUGGAAUCAAAAAAUACAGAUCAAGCUUGCCAGCUCCCAUGUUUUCAAGAAAUGAUUUUAGUAUUUGGAGCAUCCUGCGAAAGUGCAUUGGAAUGGAGCUAUCCAAGAUUGCUAUGCCGGUUAUAUUUAAUGAGCCACUUAGCUUUCUACAGCGACUUACAGAAUACAUGGAGCACACAUACCUCAUCCACAAAGCUAGUACUUCCUCCGAUUCAAUUGAGCGAAUGAAGAGUGUAGCGGCAUUUGCUGUUUCAGCUGUUGCCUCGCAGUGGGAAAGAACAGGGAAGCCAUUUAACCCGCUCCUUGGAGAAACAUAUGAGCUUGUUAGGGAGGAUAUGGGAUUCAGACUUGUCUCUGAACAAGUUAGCCACCACCCUCCGAUCAGUGCAUUCCACGCUGAAGGACUCAAAGAAGACUUUGUUUUCCAUGGAUCCAUUUAUCCCAAACUCAAAUUCUGGGGGAAAAGUGUGGAAGCGGAACCAAAAGGAAUCAUAACUCUGGAACUUAUCAAGCACAACGAAGCUUAUACUUGGACAAAUCCAACUUGCUGUGUACAUAACAUCAUAGUUGGCAAGCUUUGGAUUGAGCAAUAUGGAAAUGUUGAAAUAACUAAUCACAAAACUGGAGAGAAAUGCAUUCUGAACUUUAAGCCAUGUGGCCUUUUUGGUAAAGAGCUACACAAAGUUGAAGGUUAUAUUCAGGACAAAAGUAAGAAGAAGAUUUGUGCAAUAUAUGGGAAAUGGACAGAGUGUCUGUGGGCGGUCGAUCCGAAUACAUUUGACGCUUACAAAAAAAAUGACAAGAAAAAUACAGAAGAAAAGAAACCGAACAAAACGACAGCGGCUUCAGAGAAAGAGAAAGAAUCUGAUGAUGUUCCAAUGCCAGAUAGCUCCGAAAGUGUACAGGUUAUACCAGGAAGUCAUCUGCUGUGGCGGAUAGAACCUAGACCUUCAAACUCUGUGCAGAUGUACAAUUUUACCAACUUUGCCAUGUCACUGAAUGAGUUUGAUAAGGCAAUGGAGAGUGUUAUCCCUCCCACUGACUGUCGAUUACGACCUGACAUUAAAGCAAUGGAGAAUGGAGACAUAGAUUUAGCUAGUGAAGAAAAGAAGAGAUUAGAAGAAAAACAAAGAGCUGCUCGCAAACAACGAGCCAAGACAGAGGACGAAUGUAAAAACAAGUGGUUUCAUCAAGGCCCCAACCCUUACAUUGGUGCAGCUGACUGGCUCUACACAGGAGGCUACUGGGACAGAAAUUACUCUGACUGGCCUGACAUUUAUUGAGUCAGCAAACACAUCGUGCACCACUGGGUACCAUGAGCACCUUUCAGGACAGAUUUUCGUAGUUCAACUAUUUGUUUUGUUAGGUCCAUUAGUUGGUACAUUUCUUUACAGUUCAACCUCAACCAAUACAAAUUUACUUCUAAUUUGUUUCUUUCAACACGAACAUUCUUUUUUAAGCAACAGAGUAUGUAUUGAGAAGUCUCUUUAAUGGGAACACCACUUUGGUGAACCUGUUUUCCCUUUUCCAACUGUUCCAGUUAAUAACCUGUCAUGUAUAUGUGGCCAAGAGCUCAACUCAUGAACCCAUCCUUAACGAUUAUUUUGUAAAAGUGACCCAUUGAGCCCAUUGAGUUCCUUGGGCCAUUUUAUUGCAUGGUAUUAACAAGUUAAGCUAAUUCAACUCAAUCAUGCAGCUGUACUUAAUGUUCCUUGACAACCUAAUUAUCAUUCAUCACAAUGUUAUAGUAUUUCAUGAAACAUGUAAGUUCAACCAAUUUUGCUUUUGAUGUGAUCCAUUGAUAACAACUGUUGUUACAAUAGUAACUUCCAACAAAACUGAGCUAUAAACAGUAUUUUCCCUAUAAGUCAUAGCAAUUGGAAUAAUUAAGUGCUUAAGAACAGUACUCAUUAAUUGGCAUACACUAAAAAAUAGCAUUACUUGUUUAAUUAUCUCAAUAUAGCUGAAAAAGGGUACUCCAUUAUCACUUAGGAAAUAUUGAUGGAAGGAGUACUUUACCUCCUAUUAUGCUCUGAGUGUACAACAUGUUCCAUCUUUAAACUUAUUUAGAAUUGGUUAUCUUAGCACUCCAUUACUUGCAGAUUUAGUCUUUUCUAUUGUGUGUUUGAGUUAAGUUUGACUUGUCAUGUAGUGACUAAGUGAUCUGAUUUAUUCAGGGAUUGCAAAGCCAUGAUAUAAGCCUUGCAAACCUGGUUUGAAAAACUGUAUAGCUAAAGUGUAAAAGUUCUGUAAUUAUUUGUACAGUAUAUCAGAACUUAAGUUCCUAAAAUUUUAAACUUUAAAAGAAGCUGGUUAAAUAUGUUAAAGCUACAAUGCUCAAAAUUAAAUUGUGACUUGUACUUGUGUGAAGUACAUUAAUUUUGGGGGAAAAUCUCCCAUUUUAACACACAAAAUUCCCGAUACUUUAAAUUUGCAAUCGAUCUGAUCCAUUGUGGCGAUGCCCAAAUGUGAAGUAGGUACCUAACUGGCAGAAAACGUUGUUGUGGCUGAUUGUCUCCAAACAAAUUGGGUGAUCUACAACAUUGAUUUUUAAUGUGAGAUAGCCAAUACAUUACCAUUUAAAAUACAAUUUUGUUUCUGAUAAUGAAUACACUUGAAUCACAUUUCAUCAUUGUGAUGCAUUGCAAUAGGAAAUAAAGCAGGGUUCAGUGUAUCUUUCACUGGAUUGGAUUGGUUGCACAUUCUGUGUGUUACUGUCUGUUCAUUUAGAAGGCCUUCAUCUCUCUCCCUUUCCACUAAAGAUUGAACAAUGGGAAAGCAUCUGAAUUAAUUUAGAGUCCUUCUGUAUUGUUUCUUUACAACAUCCCCCUUUAUAGGGGCGGUGCAUUGAAUUAAAUCUAUAAGUGUGUAUUUCUAGGCACAUACUGCAGCUUAGAAGUAGAGUGACAUAAUGGAAUUUUAACCUCCGUUUCAUCAUUUAAUGUAAGUACAUCAAAUGAGUUAUAUUGCUGCUAAAUAAAGGCAUUACAAAAUCCGUA